AUCGUCGAACAGUACUCCCUUGCGCCAGAUCCUGCAGCCUGGGGCUCCGAUCUGAACAACCAAGACCCCGAUGAUUUCCUCCAUAAUCCCGACCCGAAACGCGACAUGCGCGUCGAUAUGGGAGGGACCAUCUGCACACUGCGUGGACUGGAGAACCUCGGCUGCCUCAUUUUCUUGCUUUCGGCAAUGAUCACAUUAUUG